AUGUUCAAACCAAAGGGUUCGCUUGCAUCUACCAAGUCGGUUCCCAAUCUUUCGGCUCUCAAAACUCAACAAUCCUCUUCAUCGGGUACGAAUGCUCAUCAUCCGCCACCGACAACCACUUCCACCACCACAACAACAGCAUCCAAUAAUCUCACGCAAGCGACCACUGCUCUCAGUUAUUAUUAUGCUCACACACCUCUCCCUCCUCAUCAUCAACAUUUAUUAAAUUCAUUGUCAUCGGAGACUCCCCAAUUAUCGGUCGAUGAUGUACAACAAUUAUCUGAAAUGUUAUAUUUCCCAAAAUAUAAAAAGGCUACGCACAGUGCUGUUUGUUACCGAUGUAAACAUCAGAUUAUUCAGAUUGCAUUUGAAGUCAAUAAUGAAAGUGGUGUAGCACCAAAACAAGCACUUUUAAAAGUCUACGAUCCCAAUAAUUAUAAUUUAUCACUAUAUUCCGACAAUGAUGGUACUUCUACCAGUGGCAGCAACAAUACGGAAGGGGUCCCACCAUCUUCUGUUGACACUAAUGAAGCAAGCUCAGUAGCACUGGCAGCAACCGAGAGCGUUCAUAAAGAGACUGUUUCAUCGCCAGCAGUGUCAUCUUCAUUGGAUCCUUCUUCAUCAUUUUUGAAUAGCAAUAGCAAUCUGAUGAAUGAAGCGAACAACAAUAAUAUUAUGAGCCAACACACUCCACCAGAAUCACCACUCUUAUCGGUGAAUACCAGUAAUUUAUCAGAGCUAUCAAGCAUGUCAAGUGAAAAUAAUUCUUCUUCUACCUCACAACAACCUUCCACUCCACACACAAGAGCAGUUACGUUUGCUCUUCCUCCAACUGCACCAACCAAGAAAUCACCACUUGACAUGAAUCCCCUUUUCCGUGAAUCAUUUGCAAAUAUCAAAACUCCAACAUCCAAGUUGUCACAACAAGAAAAACAAGACAAGAAGAGAUUUUCAUUUAAUCCCAAUGCAAAAAAAAAGGAAGCUCAACAAAAACAACUCCAACUGGAGAAACAAAAAGAAGAGCAACAAUUGAAAUUUCAACAGCGGAUGACACAAUUAACAGAAGAGGUAGAGCAAUUAGAGCCUUGUGUAAUUUCGAAUGAGGAAUAUGAAAUGAAUGUAGAGUUUGUAAAACAGUUGUACCAAUAUGUGUCAAAUACUGUACAAAUAGAUACACCUCUUUGUAUGGAAUGCAUGGAGCAAGUUGCUAGCCAGUUGAAUAUUCAGCUUGAAAAGAGCAAGGAAGAAGAGAACAUUUAUCAAGAUCACUAUUCAAAACUUUUACACGAUAAUCGACGAAAUGAAAGUGAAACUGAUUUGGAAAAUGAAUUGCAUCAAUUGGAAGAAGAGGAAAAACUGCUUCGAUUAGAGUUAGACAUGCUUCAAAGACAGGAAGAAGACUUGUCAACCCUCGAGAGGAGUCAAAUGAGCAAGGAAGAGCAAUUUUCAGACCUUCAACAACGAUAUUGGAAAGAGUACAAUGAUUUUCACAAUGAACUCUUACUUUACAAUGAGGAGCGAGAAGCAGUACAACAACGAAUUGUUCACGUUUCAAAAGAAAUGGAAAAGUUGAACAGUACAAACAUUUUCAACGAUGCAUUUCACAUUUGGUAUGAAGGUCACUUUGGAACCAUUAACAACUUUAGGCUGGGAAAACUGUCGACUCAAAAUGUGGAAUGGAACGAAAUUAAUGCAGCUUGGGGACAAGCAGCUUUAUUACUAUUCUCGCUUUCCAAACACAAACAUUUUGCAUUUUCAAAAUAUAAGAUUAUUCCUAUGGGAAGCUUUUCAAAAAUUGAGACUCUGGACAAUAAGAAUAGUUAUGAUUUAUUUGGAGGAGGAAGUAACGGAGGUUUAUUUUGGCAAUCCAAGUUCGAUAAGGCCAUGGUUGCAUUUUUAUAUUGUCUAAAAGAGAUUGGUACAUUUGCUGAAAAGCAAGACACCUAUUUUGAAUUGCCCUACAAAAUUACUGAUGACAAGAUUGGAGGAAAGAGCAUCAAGCUUGGCAAUGAUGAAAAUUGGACACGAGCCUGCAAAUAUGUUCUCACGGACCUCAAAUACUUGAUUUCUUUUUGUGUGUCAAAAUAA